GCCUCUCUCUCUCUCUCUUCUCUCGCUCCCUUCCUAAACCGCCAAACUGAAUUCUUCCUCUUAUUAUAAAAUAAAACUUGGAAGGGUGCCAAAAACUUAAUUAGCCGUUUUAUCUCUGAAAAUGAUCUCUGCGCGCACUUUCAAUAAUCCUUCUUCCUCACUGAUUCCCCUCUCCUUGUGAAUUCCGAUUUCCAGAUAUCCCUCUAACGUUUAAACGCUACCAGUACUGAUUUUCGCGAUUCGAUUCUUCUCCUGUUUGUUUGUUGGUUUGUUUGUACUCCUUCCUGUACUAAUCACCAUGCUCGGGAACGCCUACUACGGGGAUCGGAAUCAGAUUCCGGCGACGGCGGCGGCUCUUCUCCAGGAACAGAGGAUUCCACCGACUCUUCCUGCGCUUGAGCAGCAAGAAACAAUUUCAAUCGACGAUGACGAAAUCUUGAAUCCCGAUUCCGACUCCGACGAGUCGCCCGGAGUGCCGGUCCGUUGCGGCGGCGGGGGCCGGAUCGAGGCGUUCGCUCGCUGCGGGUUCUCUCCGCUACCGAAGGACACCGUGCACCACUCCACGAUCACGAAGUGCUUCCUCGACGGUCUGGGGCAGGCACGAGCCGCCGGCGUCACGGUCACGGCCGUUCACAGGAACUCCAUCUCCGUGCCGAGCGCCAAGGCGCGGUUCUUCUCGUUCCGGGUUCACGAGAAGGCUGUGGCAGAGAGGUGCGGCGGCGGCAGCGGGAACGGCAACGCUCGGUACGCUUGGUACGGCGGAUCCAGGGACGAGAUCCGACAGAUUUUGAACUUCGGUUUCAGUCGGUGUACGGGCGGUGGCGGUCACGCGCACGGUGGUGUCGGCGUCCAUCUCUCCGCAAUUUCAUUUCCCACGGACUGCUUGGAAUCCGCGGCCGCUGACCAGGAUGGAACGAAGCACUUGCUUCUCUGCCGCGUUCUGCUUGGGAAAGUGGAGAGGGUUCCCGCUGGCUCCAGCCAAUCAGCUCCAAGCUCCGUUGCUUACGAUACAGGGGUUGACGAUUUGACCAAGCCAAGAAGAUACGUUGUCUGGAGUUCGUUCAUGAACUCCCACAUAUUCCCAGCUUUCGUAGUUUCUUUCAAGGACCCUUCUAAUAAUGUCAAUGGGUUGAACAGUGACACACCCGUUAGUUCCUCGAUGAGACCCAGAUCGCCAUGGAUGAGCUUCCCAGCUCUGUUGAGUGUUCUGUCAGGGAUGUUGGAUCCACGCAUCAUGUCCUUGGUUUCCAAGAGUUUUGUAGACUUUCAGCGGCAUAGGAUUAACAGGGAGCAAAUGAUAAGAAGAACAAGACAGCUUGUAGGGGAUGAACUGUUGUCUUCAGUGAUCAAAACUCACCAGAAGGAGCUGACGAGGGGAGCCGCGCGGCGGGCAUGAAACCAACACUGGAAAGCGAAGAUUAGCAAUUUGAUAUUGUGGGCGAUUGAGGGGGGAGAAAGGCUUAUACUUUUAGAUUAGGUUUCUAAGCAAACACUUAACCACACAGAAAAGUAUCAUUUAAUGUUUCUAUAGUUAGUUGUAGGCACAGUUUGACUGUUGGUUUGUUUUUGUCGCAAAAAACAUUGCUCACACCCGAAGGUUGAAUAGAAAGGAAUUGGCUUUUUACUCAUAUGCCACGUUUGAAGACAUCUAUUUAUCUCUGGGAUUAUCUAGAGCUCAUAAAUUCUUCCUGCUUUGGGUCCUAUUAAAUCUGAAGGUCACCUGCAAUCGAAUUCGACGCCAACGGGGCUUCGCCAUCAGCAGCCUUAUACCUCCGGGAACACCAACGGGCCUCGCUUGGAUUCUAACCUGGGAUCUGCACCUCCCAAGCCUUCACUGUCGCGGAAGAUUUACCAUUAGGCUUUCUUACCUUUGGUGUCACGGCUAACCAUACUAAUCGUUAAACUUUCUAUUGUUCGAUUGCGGUUAAUUUAUAAAUCGCAAAACAUGCAAUAUUGCUAACCCUAAUUAUAAAAUGAAUCGUUUUUUUUGGUUUGCGGUUAACCAUUAAUUGUGCGAUUUCGGUAUGGUUAGCGAUCUAAUUGCAAAAUCCUCAUCGAGUUUCCACUCCAAGUUGGUUACGAGUUCCAGUUCUUCGGGGAACUGAAAGAAACAAACAAAACAUAUGGUGUGUGGUAGUAGCGUCGACGACAUCACGUGUUGUUAAUGAGGUGGGUCGGGGGACCUCACCUAACUGCAUUGCAUAUGAGAUGUUGAUUGAACGUGGGCGGUUCGCUGGGUUUUUAUUAUAAAUAAAUAAAUGCGAGUAUGGUCGGCGUGGUGCGGCUCCUAAAUUCUGACGGGCUACGUGUCCAAUAUCGAAAUUACGUCCAACUACCACUUCCUUUUCUCUUUGUAAUAUUCCUAUUUUCUUUUGUAUAAUAAUCCCACAUGUUUCAUUCAUUAAGAUAUUUAAACAAGUUUAAUAAAUAAAUAAAAAUCUAAACAAGCCUAAAGAAGCCCGGUCCGUUAUCUGUCUGAAACAGGCUGCAAUUCGGAGGAGGGGGCCAUUAACCCCAAAAGACAGUUCCAUCGAGUUGUUGCUUUGGGCGAAAGCAUGGCCCAUUAAGUGGGUGGAUCUCGGUAGGGCUGAAAAUUGGCCCGACCCACCCCGACCCUGUACUGACCCUGUCUGACCCGCCCCUGAAGGGUCAAGAUGUAUAACUGACCCGCCCCGAUCCUGUUUCUUUCAUGACCCUGUCUGACCUUUUAGGGUCGGGGCGGGUCAGUAAGGGUCGGGUCAGUGGGUCGACCCUAAUAAAUAGACUACUUUUCU